GGUCUGUGAUCGUGGGAAAAUCAGCGGGUGAUCAGCGCUCGGCAAUCUUUGUGUGAACAACUCAACGGCGCAUCAAAGAGGCUCGCUGACACCUCGCACACAAAAUCCAGAUAUCUGGCAUGUUAAAUAUCUGGGACGGUCCGCCGACUCCACAUCACGUGGUGUCAGUUGCAGCUACGACCUCCAGCCAAUGAGAGAGCAAGUCAACAGAGUUGAGGUCACCGGAAGAAAAGCAGCAGCAGCAACAUGGUUUCAAAAAAUAGUGUGGACACAACAUUUGUUUUAAUAAAUUAACAUUUAUUUAGAGCGAGACUCCUGCCGACGUCCAUUUUCAAAACAAACCUCUACCGAAAGUCUCGCGUCAUUUCCGGAUCCACCUUACGCGUGUGUUUUCGUGACAAAACGUGGUUUGGGGACGGAGUUGAGGCGUUGAGUGACGGGUUGUUGUCAGAUGGUGUGGUGUGCGACCCCCUCUUGUGGAUCAUUUACGACGCGUAGUGUGAACACCACAAGGACAAAAAGACAUACAGUGAAGUCAUGUAGUCUGAACAGCAAAGCGAUCUGCCGACAGUUAAAGUCUUGUAGUGUGACCAGGCCUUUAGGGGUGUUUUGGCAGCAAAAGGGGGACCAACACAAUAUUAUAUUAUAUAUAUAUAUAUAUACAUGAUUAGAAUAUGUAGUCAUGUCUGUUUAUUCUUUAAGGUAUUUUUGAAUAUUUUUUCAUUCUCAAAAUGAGGCUAAAUACUUAACAAUGUGUUUACAAUAAGAAUAAUUACAAUUUUGCUCGAGCAACAGUUCCUGAUGUUGAUGAAUUUAAUCCGAAUUAUAUCUUUACAGACAGAUGAAGGAGUCUGAACAGCCAUAUCUGGUAUUGAUGGGAAGUUCGGAUCAUUUUACUGAGUCGGAUCUUUGAAUCACGUUCAGCAAAAUGAACUCAUCGUUUUUUCGAGUCAUUUCGUUCAUUUCAGCAGUAUAUAAUUACAAUGUUAUCUGUUAAUAGCCAAUUACCUACUGAACCGAUAGGAUGUUGCGCAUGCGCAGUCAAUACAAAAUGAACGAAUCACUCUCUGAGACGACUCGUUGUUCCCGAGUGAUAUUAAGGAUUCAUUCAAAAAGAAAGAAUCAUUCAUGAACGACACAUCACUAAUAUCUGGCAACCCAGGAGAAGGCAGCGCCCAGGGGUGUAUCUAGGAUUUGAAAACAUCAGGGGCUGAGCCCAAAACAUCCGGGGCUAAUUGAGGAGAGGGGGUAAGCAAGAAUAACACGUUUUGUAAGGGCAUUUUUUAUGUAAUAUUGAUUAAUAAUAAACACAAAUUAACAUAGACAGUAUGCAACUUUAGAAAAUUUAAUUCAAUCUUUUUUCUGACUCCUCCCAUCAUUUCAGAGUCUUGCUACUAAAAAAGGAGUUCAUUAAAUUCAUUACAUUUUCUCUCACACAGGUAUGCCAUGCAAUAUUAUCUCUUACUGCUUAUGUGUGAAGCUGUGCCGUGCAGAUCCUUUAUUAUUACUAUUAUUUUGCAAUAAUCUAUAUUAUACAUGCACCUAUUAUUUCAUUCCUGAUUUAUGCUGCCACUACUGUAUGAAUUAUUCUUUGUUUAUUUUUUUUCUUACAGCUUUUCUUCUCUUAUUGUUCUCUCAUCUCUCAUUCUCUCAGCUAUCUUACUGCUUGUAUCUUGUCUACUUCAUGCUCUUGAUGACUUUUCUAUACUAUUUUUUUGAGGGUGGAAUCAUCAGAGAGUAUCUCCGAGCCUUGAGCAAAACGGUCAAUUAUCAUACUAGUAUUUCUAGUGCUGAGAAUUCCUUUAUCAAUAGACAGAACAGCCGAAUGAUGGAGUCUGUUCUGGUCCAUUGUUCACCUAAGUCAUGUCUGUAUUUUAACUUAAAUACUGCAUUAGUUGAAUAAUAGAAAGUCAUGAGGUUCAGACUGUAACAGACUGUGCUUUAAGAGUUUAUAUUUUAUUUAGAUCUAUCUUUAGGAUGAUUUAAUUUAAGGCUUUUGUAGGUCUUGGGUAUGGAAUAAUAUUCUAAAGGGUCCUAUAUGUCAGGGGGUUUUCAGAAUCAGAGACAGUGGGCCUCCUUUUUGACACAACAUACAUUUGUUAGCCGACUUUAAUCAACUGUGUUAACAUUAAAUAUUAGAAGUUAGACUUUUAUCUGAAUAAUAAGAUUGUUGUGUUUUCUGACAUUUUUAUUGCUGUCCCGUUUAAGGUCUGUAAGGUAUUUAAGUCACGUGGUGUGAAAGCGGCGCCGCGCAGGCCGACAGGUGUAGGACAUUAAAGUAUCGCGAGAACAGUUCUAGAGCAUAUUCGAGGGCACACUCUCGCGGUAUUUUGGCGAGAGCGUGUGUGUGUGUGUGUGUGUGUGUGUGUGUGUGUGUGUGUGUGUGUGUGUGUGUGUGUGUGGGCGUGCGGAGAUGUCAGUCAAAAUCGUGUACAGUAAACGGCAACAGUGCUCUAAUAAAGCGAUCAACAUUUCAUUAAUUCCUCUACACUCCGGUGGAAAAUUCGGGAUGAAACAUUCGGGGCUGGAUUAAAAACAUCCGGGUCUCGAGUCCCGAAUGAAUAUCCCUAGUGACGCCCCUGAUACUGACCACUGCAGACCGGGAACACCCCACAAAAGCUGCAGUUUUGGAGAUGCUCUGAUCCAGUGGUCAUAACAGUUUGGCCUUUAAUUUGAAACUCACUCAAAUCCUUACGCUUGUCCAUUUUUCCUGCUUCUAACACAUCAACUUUGAGGACAAAAUGUUCACUUGCUGCCUAAUAUAUCCCACCCACUAACAGGGGCCAUGAUGAGGAGAUCAUCAGUCUUAUUCACUUCACCUCUCACUGCUCACAAUGUUAUGCCUGAUCACUGUGUUGCAGUGGACAAACAGCUUGGUGGAAUUUUAUGAUUUUAUUUCUGCCUCACAGCUUCAACUUUAUUACCGAGCUCUUGUUACGAGUCGUUGUGGAGUUUUCUAUUUUGCUCAUGUUCAUUUUCAUUUACGGCGUUUGGUGUAGGUUUCCUAUUGACUGUGUGAAUGUGGAUGUGUGAGCGUUCAUGGCUCUCUGACAUCAACAUUCAAAGCAUAUUUCUGACUCAAGCCCAUUGCUGUUGAGAUCUACCACUUCUCUAAGCAAAAUAAAACAGUUACAGAAGAUGAAUAAAUUAUUUCCUAAAUUUUUAUUAAGUUUUGAUCAACCGCUAGAGUUGACCUUAAGGAGAUGGACUAUACACUGAUGCUAAAAUACACAAAAACAUCACCGCAGUUAAAAAAACACGUGCUUUAUUGUAAUAGUGGCAUUUUUCCAUCCGAUUUUGAAAAUAGUAAGAUUGAGGAGAUCCUCGAAGUAUUCCUUCCACCUUCCGACAAUAUCCCCAGUCAAGGUCAGCAACUUUCCACCAGUACCAUACACAGUGCUGGCAGAGAGCCGCUUACCUCUUCUGAGGCGCCGGACGGUCUGCCAGAAUUUCCCCGAGGCCGACCGAUAGUCCUUCUCCAUGGCCACCCCGAACUCCUCCCAGACCCGAGUUUUUGUUUCCACAACCACCCGGGCUGCAGCUCGCUUGGCCUGCCAGUACUCAUCAGCUGCCUCCAGAGUCCCACGAGUCAACCAGGCUCGAUAGGACUCUUUCAUCAGCUUGACAGCAUCCCUUACUUCCAGUGUCCACCACUGGGUUCGGGGAUUGCCGCCACGACAGGCACCAGAGACCUUACGGCCACAGCUCCUGGUAGCUGCAUCAACAACAGAGGAGGAGAACAUGGUCCACUCAGACUCAAUGUCCCCAACCUCCCUCGGAAUCUUGUCGAAACUCUCCCGGAGGUGGGAGUUGAAGACCUCCCUAACAGAGGGUUCAGCCAGACGUUCCCAACAGACCCCCACAAUACGUUUGGGUCUGCCAAGUCUGUCCGACAUCCUCCUCUGCAAGCGGAUCCAACUCACCACCCGGUGGUGAUCAGUUGACAGCUCAGCCCCUCUCUUCACCCUAGUGUCCAAGACAUAUGGCCGAAGGUCAGAUGACACGACCACAAAGUUGAUCAUCGACCUCCAGCCUAAGGUGUCCUGGUACCACGUGUACUGCUGGGCACCCUUAUGCUUGAACAUGGUGUUCGUUAUGGACAGACUGUGACUAGCACAGAGGUCCAAUAACAGAACACCACUCGAGUUCAGAUCAGGGUGGCCGUUCCUCCCAAUCACGCCCCUCCAGGUAACACUGUCGUUACCCACAUGGGCGUUUAAGUCCCCAGUAUAACUAUGGAGUCCCCAGUCGGGGCACCUUCCAGCACCCCUCGUAGGGUCUCGAAGAAGGUUGGGUACUCCACACUGCUGUUCGGCCCAUAAGCCGAAACAGCAGUGAGGCCCCUAUCCCCCACCUGAAGGCGCAGGGAAACCACCCUCUCGUUUACUGGGGAAAACUCCAACACAUGGCGGCUGAGCUCGGGGGCUAUAAGCAAGCCCACCCCAGCCCGCCGCCUCUCACCAUGAGGUACUCCAGAGUAGUAGAGGGUCCAGCCUCUCUCAAGGAGUUGGGUUCCAGAGCCCAGGCUGUGCGUGGAGGCGAGCUAUGCCCGGCCAAGUCCCAUAGGCGAAGACUCGGCCACCAGGCGCUCGCCUGCGUGCCCCAGCCCCAGGCCUGGCUCCAGGUUGGGGCCCCGGUAACGCCAAUAAUAAUAUUUAUUAUUUUUAGUCCCCCCUUAUAGAUAGAUAUAGACAGACAGACAGACAGAC